AUGUUGGAGAGCCUUUUGAAUCGCGUUCUCCGGAAGUACCUCAGUACCUACGUUGAAGAAGUCAGCACUGGCGAGGUGUCUUUGUGGGGCGGGGACAUCGUGCUUCGAGACCUCCAACUCAAGCCCGACAUCCUGGAGAAGAUCGCAGGAUCUGCAGCCGACCAUCUUGAGUUGGUGUAUGGAGGUAUCAAAGAAUGCCGACUAUCCGUCCCGUGGCAAAAUCUGCGCACGGAAAACGUCUUGGUGCACCUUGAUUUGAUCCAGAUAGUUCUGCGGCGCCGCCGAAAAGCGCUUGAACCUCCCUCCUCUGCCGGUCCAACACGAGUAGCCGGCUCGGAUUUGAGCCUCGCUCCAGGGGCCCUUCCCGCGGCCGCCGCCCCGUUGGACGCGGGUCUGCAUUCUCCCAGACCCCCAACGCAACCCGCAGAGCCGCUCUCUGUGGGUGGGGACGUCCCCCUUGCUUCCACGGGCGGCGGCAGUCGAUGGUCUCGCACGCAGGCUAAAGGAGAGGAUCCGCAGCUGCCCGCGGCGGCUUCGCCUGGGGCCGGCCACAGUGGAGGGGGUCCCCGCGCCUUCGCGUCAUCUUCCUCCUCCUCUUCUGGUCCCAAGGCAUGCGCAUCCUCUGCCCCCCGUCCUGCCCCCACGAACGCGGGAGGGCGCAGCGCGGACAGUUGGACAAAGUCUAUUCUCGCGUCGAUUCUGUCAAACACAGCUAUCCGCAUCCGCAACGCAGUGAUCCGCUACCAUGACGGCCCUCACAGCGCCUCUCUCUCUCUCGGCGACCUCCUCCUCCAGCCGCGCGAGAAAGCCCCGAGUAUUCUGCCUCUUCCCGCGUCUGGCUCUUUGUCGCUCUCGCAGCCUUUCGGAGAAUCGGUGUAUGCCGCGCCUCCGUCGACGCCAGUUCCACAGGCCAGGUUGAGUCCCGAUGCACCUACAUCCAAGGUACACGAAAGUGCACACUCUGAAGCCCCAAGGAACGAAGAAUCCUCCUCGAGGGCUUCGGGACUUCCUACUACCAGCCCACACCCCCUUCUUGUUUUGCUCAAGCUUCAGCAGCCUGCACCUGCGCCGCCGCGGCCGCCGCUUGACGAGGGGCAGGUGGGGGGCUCCACGAGCCAGCACCGCCCGUCAGACGUUGCUGCGGCAACAUGUGGAGGAAACCUCUCUCUGCACCGGCUUUGUCAAGUAAAAGAUCUUACCGUUUGUGUUGAAAGCAGGAGCUUGCCGCUGCCGAAAUCCCGUACUUCACUGUCCCGCGCGCCCGCUGCAUGUGUCUCCGCGCCGGCUGUUGCGUCAGACCACACUGGCACAGCCUCAGCGCACCCUUCUACGGCUGCGUCUCCUUCACGCUGUGCCUGUGCCCUGUGUGCCGUCUCCGAUAUUCCCCCGCUGCCCCUCCCUCCCUGUUCGUCGUCCGCCUCCGGUUCGGCAGCCUCUCCUUCCGUUCUUGGCGCCACUGUAGAGCCGCCGCAAACGAGGCUCUGCAGAGGCGUGUCGCUUCCUUCAGAGUGCCUACGCUCGCAUUCGUCUUCGUCGCUCUCCAAGUCUCUCGCACCUUGCGAUGACCACGCGUGCUCCCCCUUCCCGUUUCGGGCCGCUCAGUCGCGGCUGCCCGGCUCAUCUUCUGCCGCCGGCCUUCAGCUGGUGCCCGUAGAGCGCGCCGCGGCGUCGACGAAUGUGUCUGCCACGUCUAGUGAUGCUGUGGGAAUAAAGGAGAAAGUUGGACCAAGAGGGGACUCCCCGCGUCUGUCGGCCUCGCCGUCACGCCCGGCGUCUCCGCCGUCGUCAACACAUGCGUUGCCGGUUUCCCUUGGACUCUCGGCGCCCGCACAAGUUCCCGGAGCGGAUGGCGAAUGUCGUGAGUCUGCGCGGGGGGAAGUGGAACAUGUGGAGAGAUGCAUCGAGACAAACAGAGCAGCAGCUUCGGGCGGUGUAGAUGCAGUGGCGCCCGCCCAAAUGCCAACAUAUCGCUGCGCGCCCUGUGGCGCCUAUGCCAACGACAGAGACGACAGUGCGUGUUCUCCAACGCUUCGCCGCGUUGCCCGAAGCCGGGCGGAACUCCCGUUGAUCCAUCGAUGGGGGUGCGAGAUUCAUUUUUCGUUCCCACUCGCCCUUUUCGACUCUGGCAGCGGUCACGCAGACAUGUGGCAAGGUGAAGACGAAGCGGCAACUAUGAAGUCGUGCGACUGGGGGAACCGCAGAGGGCAAGGAACGAGCGCAGCGGACUCACCUCGGCAGGGCGCAUUCGAUAGAAGAUCUUAUGAUGCAGGCGAGACGAGCUUUCGCAUGCAGCGCCGCGAUCCAAUUGGACAGGAACGCGGAGACUAUCUUUCUACUCGAGGAGCUCUCCAAGCUCCGCCUCCCUGUCCCGAACAACACGCUUUAGGUAUUAUGGACAUCGGUCACGAAGAAAUUAUGGAGCUGUACAGGGAGUCCAAGGAGCAGGUGGCGCAGGCGACAGGUGGCUUCCCUGACCUCCCAGAGAAGCUGAGAAAGCACCUAGAGGAACAGUUCACGCCGGCGCAGCAAGAAGAGUUAAGCCGGCUGAUUCGAGAACACCACCACGAGCAGCAAGCCUUGCUCCUGGUUCAGCAGAAGAAGAAAGCGCUGGAGAAGAGUCAACGCUCUCGAGCUUCUGUGGCCCGCCGAAUCAACCCAGUCACGAUGCAAAUCAACCUGGCACCAUUCCAUUUGCGCCUCAGCUCGUCGCAGCUUUUUGCACUGAGACAGAUGCUCUUUAGCGAUGCGGAAGAUGGUUCAGAUGAAGGCGGAGAUGAAAGAAGGGUGCUGCACGGCCGCUGUACGGCUGGCGAGUCUCUGGUCGAUGAGCGAAACGAGACGGAGGACGUGGCACAUCCAUCGCACGCAAUACGGAAGGUGAACAGCCAGAGUGCGGAGAUACAGGUCACCCGCGGAGUGCGUGGGAUCUCUGCUCUGGAUGAGGUUAUGGAUGCCCGCCUCGACCUUACUCGUGAGGGCGACACCCUCGGCCCUGGUGGCGGGUCGGGGCGAUUAGGCCAGAGCAACAGCCAGUUGGGGAAUGGCGCGCCGAGCUGCACGGGCAGAGAUCCGAACACUGUUUUGGUGACAGAAGUGGAGCGCACACAAUGUGCCAAUAUCCCAGCAGGCUCUUUGCGCAGUGCAAUGGAGGGACCGAAUGUACCUGUUUGCGUAGAGGCACACGUCACGAUGGCUGAUGGAAGAUCGGACGGAGAUCUCGGAGCGUCAGAGCUGGUCUUGGACAGUGGCUGUGUCUUUGAAGAACAAAGGUCAGGCUGUGACUUCCCGCUUGCUCCCGCAUGCUCAGCGUCUGCUGAAAGCGACCACGUCAGCGUCAGUGGAGAGCCACAAGGCAGUAGGAUUGCAGCUAUGGAGGGAACUCCAGGGAGCGGGCACGAAGUCCCUGCUGGCUGUUUGCCGGCGGAGGCCUCGCGCGGCGACAGGAGACAUACAGCAGACAACUGCGACAGAGAAAUAGAUGGAGGUCACACACUCAUGCGGACAACAGAAAAAACAGACUGUACAAAGGACGAUAGAGACGGGGCAGGGGGAGAUGAAGUGUCACAACCUGGAGCCGCUGGGCGUAAAUCCUGGGGUAGAUGGGUCGCGGACCUUCUACUGGGUAGUAGCAGCGAUAAGGAAGACGAUGACGAGGAGGAACCCGGGGACGAGGAGGACGAAACGGCAGACCUUGGCACGCCGAGACAGGCGCAAGGAAUGCCGGUGCCUUCGCGUCGAGAGGGUCACGCAGAGCAUGCAGAGGUGCCGUUUGCGGGCAUUUCAACUGAUGAGGCGGAGGAGGCCGGCAAUCCUGAUGUCCGCGGUGCAGACUCGGUGGCAUCCAGUGUGACGGAUAGUGGAGCUGAUGGGGUUUUCGAAACUAGGCACGCAGGGAAUGACGGCAGCUCACGCAUUGUGCGUGGGGGCAGCGGCAAGACUUGGGGACGUUGCACGGACGAGUAUCAUUGCGAAUCUGGGGAUAAGAGAGAAGAACGACUCUUGCGAGGAGGCGGAUACGACGCAGAUAUCCUUGCAAAUGAGGACUCUCAAUCGGGUAGUUGGGUAUACGAAGCCAGUGAAUACAGUGAUUCCCUUUCUGAUUCCGAAUACAGUGAAACAACCGCGUGGGACGAUGAAACAAAUGAUCAUACAUUUUCCUCGGACGACAGCUUCUUCUCGUGUACGGGAUCGACGAUAUCAACCUGGUCAGACACUGACGAGGACGAGUGGAACCGAGGGUGCCAAAACAUUAACUCUCGCGAGUCAACACCGAGAGGCCGGUCUGAGGAAAAACGGGAGGCAGCACCGGAGUACGCGGCGCCCCUCGCUAGAGAGGAGCCUGACGAGAAUCCGCUUCCUCUGCUGACUCUUCUCCAGCGCACCUGUGGUUCAGUUUCCCUUCGCCUUCGCCUCGCGUCGUUCACUGUCACCCUAGAUUUGGUCACCCUCAAGCGUCAGCGCCGCCUUGCAUGUCCUCCGUCCUUUGAGUCUCCGCCCGUCCGCGGCCUGUCAAUGGGGGACGUCCGCCUCACUCAUGGACCGUGGGACUCGGGAACUUCGCUCCGCGACUAUUCCACAGCGAUCUCGUCGCCUCCCGCUGUUGCGUUUUGUCCCCCUGGGCGCUCCUUAAGCGACGCGCAGCGGUAUCCCAAGGCAGAGGCAGAGGGAAGCUGGAAUCAUCGCGCGCCGCCGCAUGUGUGCGGAGGCGAACUCGAAGAAGCGGUGAAGGAGGAAGUAAAGCAGAUUUUCAAAGUUGGCGUGGACGACCUGUACAUGACCCUCACCCUCGCACGCCCUGCGGAGGGUUUCACAGAAAUAGGCCUGCGAGCGAAGGCCAUUUGGGCGAAGGAACGCGGGGGCAGCAUGCACCAAAGUUUGCAGUAUCGCUCUACGCCCCGCAAGUCACUAUCUGCCGGGGCCGGGUCCACGGGUGCGUCCUGGCCUGUGUGUCCGUGUCCGACGUGUGUUUACUACACAAAGGCGGAUGAAAACGGGUUGCAACGUCUAUCGCGGCGGAAAAAGGCUGCGCACAGAGGGAGGGGCUCAGCCAAGCACAAGGAAAGUACUUCCUGUGCUGUUGAGGCUGAGGAGCGUGGAGACGGCAGAGCGGGAGUCAGUGAGGCAGACGGCUAUUUGCCCAGUGAGGCGACGGACGACGAGGAGGAGAACGAUCACUACUUCUUUCGCCUGGGCGAGGUUGCGCGUGGAGCGGGAACGACUCAGCAGCGACAAGGCUGCGCCGCUGCCUCGCCCGUUGCAGCGCCUCCCCCUGAAGAGGGACAGGCGGAACUUGUUGCCCGGCAUCGUGCCGUGGCUUCUGCAAGGCCUUCGUCCCCCGACUGGGCUUCGUCGCGCACCCGCGGAGCCGUUUCUGAGCAGGACCAAGCUAUGACGGAUUAUCCGCCUGACGUAGCCUCGACCCAUCCUCCGGCGUUAGGUGAUGAACCGGUUCCUGGAGAGGAUAAGAGUUUUGACUCAGGCAGGUCUCGUGCGGAACUCACGCAUAGGGAGGCACGCCGAUCUCAACAUUGCAGGGGACGUCCGGAUGCGCGCGACGCCAGUAGAGGCUUGAACGGGACUGGCGCGGAAGGGCACCAGGAUCCACAUCAACGGUCUGGCGCCGACGCGUCGAGACGUGCCUCCGAGUCGGGGGGAGGCAACGAAGAAGACCCGAGCGGGCUGUUGGCGGCUUCGCGGCCUCUUUUGCCCGCCGCAGAAGGCGCCUUUUUCUCGCGUUUCUCUUCCUUCGCCUUUCCGGGCUUCUCGCGCUUCGGCAGCCGAGCGGCGGAGCCAAGCCAAAAACGCUUCUCGGCGUCCUCGUCUUCGUCGCCACUCUCGGGCAGCGGUGAGCCUGAGGGAGAAGGUGCACCCAGCCCUCCAGGGUCGCCGCCAUGCACGAAAACGACGGCGCUGUCAGACCGCGGGGGCGAGGAUGUCCCUCCGUGCCCGGCUCUCUCCAGAGAACAGGAGGAGGGCGUGGAAGGGCCACCAGCGAUUCAGUGCACAGUGGUAUUCCUCACCGACGAAGUUGUGAACCAUCGUAUCGGGCGUUUUCGCCGACCGGCUUUUAGGCGCUCUCAGGCUCCACUCUCUCGCGAGCCCGGCUGCCGACCUCCGUCUCUUGUCCCCUCGUCCGCCGCCACAUCAUCGCUGGCUGGAGCUACACCCUCGUCAGCAAGCGCGUCAUCUCGUCGGGAGAGCGGCGAGCACUCGCUGCCUCCUCGUUAUCGGGUCUCGUUUGCUUUGGGAGAUCUGACCGUCCGCCUGCGUCCGCUGUCGUUGUUUCCGACUCUCUCUGCGUUCCUGCUUGCGGGCAGCCGGAGCUCGUUUCCGCCGGAGCAGCGGCUUGCGCAGCGCCCGCUGAAUGUUGGGGCGACCUCCGCGUCCGCUGCGCCUCUGGAGUUGCCGCUCGGCGACAACCAAGUGCGUGGGGACAGCGAGGACGGUCCGAGUUGCGAUGUGGGGGCUGGAAACACCGCGGACACUGAGUUGGCGUGGGAAGGCAACCAGGGCUCUAGGCGGCCCGUGGGUCCGCGCCCCUCGGAUGAGGACUGUGCAGCGGUUCCGGCCGCAGAGUCCAAACAAGAAAGCAAGGAAGCGCCCGCUCGUGGCGACACACUAAGGAGGGAAAACUGUGGCGGUCGUGAGGAAGCGCACAGAACCGGCAAACGCACCGGGCGGGAAUCCUCGUUGACGGCUGUCGACUUCUCAGUGCAUAUUCCUCGCGUCGACAUCGGGAUCGAAAUUCCCUCUACGUCGGCUCCGUCUGCCCCUUCGUGGGGCGCCGUUCCCAGCUCUAAACGUCGAACAUCCUCGUCCCCUUUUCCGUCCAAGUCUGAUCCGCUGUUGCACAAGGCGAGUGAAUCGGGAGGACGAAGCGCGUGGGCCCCCACACAGGCAAAGGGCACUGGAGGAGUGUCAGAUCGUGUCGCCGCCGAGCACCUCUCCAACUCCUGGCUUUGCUUCGCUGUCAAAGGCCUCAGGGCUUCAAGACAUUCACUUCCUCGAGAAGUAGAGACGCUUCUUCUUCCAGGUGCCCUCGCGCACAGUAUCGUUUUCCUGCCCCCGAUGCGGGACGCCGUUCUUUUGCCACGGUGCACAACGAUGCGAGACGGAGCACUCGCGGACCCGGCGUCGGCCGCCGCUCGACCUCAGGUCUGGCCUUCAGCGAGCGCGCAACUUCCAGAUCCGUGCGGUUCGUCGUCCGCCUCGAGUGUGUUUUCGGUGGAGUCCAUCGCGGUCCAAGAUGGACGUUGCGUCGGCUCACCCACGCGCAGAGAAGAAGACGUCCGCACUCCCUAUGGCGCAAACGCGACCGCGGCAUGUAUGCUGGGCGGCGCGAGAGAGUGCCUUGUGGAAGGCACAGAGCGCAGGAAUACAGUGGAAGCUACGGCCGGUUGCCGAGUCCAUCGGGACGACGGCCUCACGUUCCUCUUCGAUGAUGCGUGUGUUAGGAUCGUGACAGCGAAUAGGCCGGAAGGGCAGAUGCCGCAGGAGCCUGAACAGUUGUGCAGAGCAGGGGCACGCCCAACCUCCCAGGGGAACAUGCAAGGUACCGGGGAGGGACGCAAAGGCUCGAGAGAUACCCACGCAGGCCCAAGCACCCUACGAGGCGCGCGCGACGCCGCGGACGACGCGAUGGCUGAUGCUUCUCCUGCCGUCCGAUUCGCGCUGCCACCGCUUGUCGCCGUUAGACAUGGCGCUCUCGAGAUUCGCCAGGUGAUGCGGCGAGAGCCGCCUGCGGAAGUUCCUCCACCGUCGAGCGCGAAAGCUGCGACGUCUUCCGUGGGGUCACAUCCGGUUUCGAGUGGACAGACACGUGCGCCAUGCGCGCGGAAUAGCUUCCACAUGGAGACGUUCAGAACGACGCGUCCGCCACCGCUCAAUACCCGCGCGUCUCGCCCACAGCAGCCCAAGGCGUGGUCGAGUGGCGUGGGGCUUUCCCAGACGCACUCCAGCGCCCGACAUUGUCCCCAGCCGCCUUCGUCAACGUUCGCCACGGCGUCCUCGGCACCGAUGGCCACUUUGUAUUCUUCAGUCUCUCCUCGUAGUUCGGCCGUCGCUCCGGCUAGGCUGCUUCCGUCUGAGACCUUGCAGGCUGUCGCGCGCAUCUCCUCUCUCGCCUCGAGUCUCUCGCUGGCUGCCUUGCAUGCGGUGGAUUCAUCGGUCGCGGCGGUUGAUUUCGGCCUGGGACUCUUCCUGCUCGGGAUGACGCGCUUCGCUGACACCGGACAGCCGACAGACCAGGCCGGGCGCCGCGCCGCGCCAGACUGUCGCGAGGGUGCGGAUCCGCACAGACGGAGGGAGGCGCACGGGAGCGACGCGCAGUGGAUGCCGACUGACCGUAGGAUGCCGCCGAGUUCGCGGGCUGUCACGUGGUCAUUCCCCCACUAUUCACGCAAAGGCUUCACGCUUGACGCGAAGGUUAACCCAGCCGGACUCCCGUCCACCCGUUGCCUUCGCACAGACCUUGAGAUGAUACAGUCCCUCGUGAUAUCGUUCCCCGACAUUCAGUGUCUGCUUCCGUUUCCACCGCUUCUUCUGUCUCUCCAUCGUGCAUGCUGCUGGGACUUCACGUGCGCCGGAAAAGGGGCAGAAAGCAUCCAGAUAAGUGCCUCCCUUGACAACGUCUCGCUCCAGGCCCGCGCAGCUGCUUUCGCGUCAUCUGCCAUGACGAACUCACAUGGGGCUGGCUCGUUGGGUGAUGGGAGCGCGCCCUGUCCGCGAACGAAAGAGGGCGCCGAUGGCGACAACAGAGGCGGACUCGAUUCAGCUGUUCAGGAUGCGCCUGCCGCGUUGCUCACACGUGACGGCGACGCGGCGGACGAAUCGCGCGCGUGGAGGGAUCUCAUUUUUCCGUCGUGGGGAGAUGCCGAGAGGGACGGCCGAGAGAAAGUGGAGGCCGAGAAUCACGAAGCGGGACUUUUGCACGGGCGAGGGCAUCCUUGUCGCGUGGGCCCCACGCAAACAGAGCACCGGCCUGCGGACGGGAGCUCUCGCCGCCAAGCUGGUCAGGCGAGUCGUGCAGCCGCCUUCGUAGGCAAUUCGGCAGUGCAAGUCAAUUAUCAGGACAGACAACGCAAUCCGGCGUGUGGCCCAAGGGGAGCAAAGAUACUCCGGGCAGCAGAAGUGGAAGCAACUGCAGUGGACGACAGGUGUCGCACUGCUCCGGGGCAACCUCCGUCGGACGAGGAGAGCCUGCGUAUUGCCCACAGAGGGACUCUGUCUUAUCCGUCUCCUUUAAAUCCUCCUUGCGGACCAAGCACUCACCCCUGGGUCGUGGUCGAGGCCCAAGCGACUGUGGGCGCCGCCGCGGUUUACGGUGCACCGGCGCGCGGCUUUGGGAAGCUGCAGCAGCGACUGAAAACCGCAGACAACGAACAAGAGGAGCCCGCACAUGGUGCAGAGCGAGGUGGUGAGGAAGCAGGCGUACACGAGGCAGAGAAUGUCAUUCCGAUCUUCGAGGGGAUACCGAGUCAGGCGGCUAAGAAUCAGCUACCCGACCCGUUCGCGAAACUCUACGUUCGCAUGGCGUUCUGUCCCGCCCUUCUGCCACAAGCCCUAACCGUCUCGGAGCACGUGCAGGCGGGACGGGGCUUCUUGCCAUCGGCGGAGAUGUUAGUGGAUGCUGCCGAGGUGUCCACGUUCCAGCACGGCGGCAGCUCCGCAGACAGAGACCACGAAUCUCAAGCAACAGGGGAGAUUAGGAAGACAACAUCUUCGUUGUUUAGCUUUUUCUGGCCUCGCAUAAGCGAUGCGUGUCUUCUAGUCCUUCCUGAACUGCCUAAUGAGGCAGCCUGCCCUUCGGCAGAGUCUCUAGCGCUUCCGGCAGCAGUCGAGUGGCGAUGUGCUAGACAACCCCUCUUGUAUUUGCACGUGGGUUCUCCGCUGCCUUCCGACUUCAGCAAACAGAAUAUGCUCGACGACGGAAAAGCCCAUCCAGGGAGGCCUUCGGAGGGUCCGCCUGCGUUAAUGCUUCUGGUGCAUUCGGGCUGCAUCUCGGUUCUUGCAGAAUCGCUUGCUUUAAUUUCAGCACUCGGCUUUCCCGCACUUUCGGUUGUCUGCCAGUCUGCGAGGUCACUCUCUCCUGCUCCUCGAGGCGGUGGAGUCCGUCCCUCGGAUGUAGGCGGUCGCAAGUGUGGCCACGCCAGUUCGCUAGCCACUGACAGUCGCCGAAGAAAGUGGGAUGCAAGAUCCAGCCGUGGAGGCACGUCGGGGCGACAAAGGACGAGCAAUUCGGUAGCCGCAGCGUGCAAAUAUGAGCGAGGCUCGCCUGAGGAGGCCUGCACUGGCCGCCCUUGGAAAAGGGUGGAUGAUGCGCCUCGCGGGGGCUGCGCCACGCAGGUUAAACAAACUGAGAAGAUCGUUUUGCCGUCUUUGGCCUCACCCAUAUCACUGGUUGACGGUUUGCUUGUGUCUGCCCCCUCUGUGGCGUUCUUGCUUCUCCUUGACCAGCCAUUCAAAGUCUUACUUUCCCCUGUGGUUCUACGCCUUGCGUCGGACGCCGCCGCCCUCCCUGUACGCUCACAUGAAAGCAAGAAGAGACGUAUGGGUGUUGCGUUGUCUCCCAUUUCCGUUCUGACUCGGAUAGUAACAGACGGGUCUGGGGGUGCCAACAGUGGAAGUGGGAAGUGGCUAAAUGCGUCUUCGGUCGCCGUUCCAUCUUGCAGCGCACUAAGAAACAGCCACAGCGAAGCAGACGGGCCUGCUCAGCGAACAGAAGUGGCAGAGGCAGGAUCCCUCGGUACAAUACAAAGCCGUCCCGGGGAUGGAACACGGCACGAGACGCCAGAGAUAGCACCUGGAUGCCGCAUUCCCCUGGAGGUCACACGCUCAGUCAUGGGGAAGGAACGCCGACCAGUGAGGCCCACGAGACGUCGAAGACUGACAGCGUCUGAGCUGGCAACGUGCACAGAGAGAGAUAUGCUGGAGGCUGCUUUUCGCAAACGAGGGAGCGCGUUCAGCCGGAAACGGCAGGCAACACGUCGAGAGGAAAACAAAAUCGAGGGCGCGUGGCUGAGAAACGUGGGGCUUGCGCUUUCACUCUCGAUCGACGCAGAGACAGUUUGGAUGCCCGCAGGAGCAUGCCGCGAGGACAGUUUGGGAACGAAUGAGGAGAGGACGAAGUUGGAGCUCCAACGACUACCAUCGGAAGAUGAUACCGCAGCUGUACUCGUAUCUACUCGACGCCCUUCCUCCUUUUACAGCCCUUCGUCUGUUGGGACGUGUGCGCCUCGCUCGCCGUGUGCAACUGCAUGUGGUGGCAGACUGAAUGCUCUGCGACUCGGGCUUCCCGGCGUCUCGCUGCGCCUGUGGCGGCCGCCAUUUGGCAUCCUUGAGCGGUGGCAUGCCUCGCUUUCUUGUGAUUCAACUGGUGGAGCUGCGAAGACGGUGCUGCCACAGAGUUCGCGUGUUUCGCGUCCUUCAGCUGAUGCUUACGAUGGGCGGCCCCGAUCCUUGCCGUGUUCGUUGCCUGCUGCCAGCCGCCUUCGCCGGUUUGCUCCAGGAGUACGUUCGGAGCUCUGCCUCCAAGUGCAAGCUUCUAUGGAUGCUCCGCAGCUCCAGAUCUUGCCCCUGGCGGGUCUGACAGCUUUUUCUGUGACCCCCGUUUUGUCAUGUGGAAAAGCGACCAGCACGACUAGAAGCGCAGCAAACAGGCCAGGGAAAAACGUCAGUGAAAUCGGUGAGAGGGUCGCCGAAGCCCAGUGUGACCAGAACUACUCAACUGCAGCCAAUGCCGAGGAUCAGGAGGGAGACGAGGACUCCCGCCCACCGCACGCGGAACGCGGGGCGCAGUUCAGCGAAGGGGACAAGAGGCCGCGCACGCUUCCAAGCGCAGACCCCCGGUGCUCAGGCAGUCAACGCCCCUGGCUGGUGUUCACGUCUACACAUAUCACGGUGCACAGUGCAGGAGUCCAGGAGAGGCUCCACGCGCGCCAGAGCUGUGAGGCAGCAGCCUCUCUGGAAAUGGGCAGGCGCGUCGGACGCGACGCUGACUGUGAGGAGCUCACCGGAGGAGGUCAGCUGGUGUGUUCGGAGACGCACGACCACGGCUUGGCAGGGCAUCUAUCGGCAGGCCAGACCCUAAUCGUCGCCACUGACGUCGCAUCCCACAGGCUCUGUGUUGCACCGUUCUGCUUGACCCUCCCGCUUGUCUCUCUUACUCGUGUUGUUGCGCCAUUUCUUUCUGUGAUCACAGCUGCGCCUUGCGCCGCCUGUGCGUCCGCUUCUGCGCCUGAGUCUCCCCCUGCAGUCGGCAGGCUGGCGCCUGCGGAUGCGUCAGUGACGGCCAGCGGGGUGCGGCGCCGGCAGCGCCAGACAAGGUGGACGGCUGGAGGAGAGAGGAGACAGACGACUGGUCGGGUCGCCACGAGCAGCGAGCAGUUUCACGCAUCAGUAACGGAGUGGCAGUUCCACGUCAGCGGCGCUGCCGUGCAGUUUCCGUUCCCUGGUUCUGCCACUGCGGUCGCGUCACUGCAAGCGACGGCAUGCCAAGAAAAACGAAUGAAGGGUCACGUGGAUGCGACACUCACGCAAGUUCCAAAGACAGGCGCGGAUGAUUCCGUCAGGGCUGACAGCCCCGUGGCCAACGUGCACAGACGAGCCGCAGCUCGGGCGCUUGAUCUGGAUGCAAAUGCAUCGACGCCCGAUGACCCCGAAGGCGAGUCUAAUGCGCUUAUCUUCCUGGUGACCGACUGCUCGUUUCGGUCGGUGUCCGAGGUCUCCUUCGCCUCCGCUGCUUCGUCGUCUUCUUGCAGGCAGACGGACAGGACAGAGCCAGACACGGAGAGGGCGUCGUCCGGCAGCGUGGGAAAAGCCACGGUUGCAGCCGUCCUUCAUCUGCGUGGCGCCAGAGACGCCACCACAGUUCGCUGCGGCGGUCGGGAUAAGGUUCUGCAAGGCGAUGAGAACGCGAGAUAUUCGACUGAGAGUGCGCACACUGACGCCUCGGCAUCCGCUCCGGGUUCGUGUGACGCCGAUGCUUGCACCUCGCCGUCCCCUGUACCGGCUCUACCCCCCGGUAGCUUUUUUCUGCUGGAGCCCUGCACGUUUCGCCUCUCCUCAGCUGCUCACUCGAACGCCGCGGGACAGACCUCGUACACCCCUCUGGCGCUUGCGGAAGAGGCGUUAUCAGCUUGGCUGCCGCCUGCAGCUGCUAAUGUGUCCCCCUCUGUGUCUGGGUUUCUCACAAGUUGUGCGCGGCUUCGGUCGUCACCGCUCCUGUUCCAGAGUUUUGUAGCGGGACGUGGUGUACGAUUCGGGCCUGGGCAUCCCCGUGUUGCCACCGCCGCGGAGCAGACGUGGCGGCUCUUCGGCACUGCCCUUUCUCGCAGGUCCACACAGGCAGGCACCUGCACGGAUGUCUCAGUUUCUCCUGUCCGUGUACAGUGUGGAAGCGUACACGCGUUGAUGACUCUUUUACGUUUGUACUACUUUGUUUCGGCUCAACUUUCGCGGCUGCGAAACGGAACGUCAGGCUGUCCAUUGCAUCCACGCCACGCGCGGCGUGAGACGAACCGGCGAGGGGGAGAGUGGAAAACAGCACGACGGAAGUCACGUGAUAAUGAGGAUCUGGGGCCUUUGCCGAUUCCGCACAGUGGGCGGCCGGAGUGGGUCUCCGGUGGCAGGACAGAGAAGAGUGCGGCGCGUGUUGAUGAUGGACAAGAGCCGCGUGGUUCACCAUCUCGUCCAGGCGGCAAUCUUCCCCGUUGUAGGUUCAGGUGCAAAGAUGGCCUCUACGACGUAUCUGAACACGGCGCUGAAGAGGCGACGGAUGACGGAGGCGCUGACGAUGAUGAGGUUGGGGACGCUGUCGAAGAGACCGCGGUCAAGAGCGAGGCUAUCGCUGUGCAGGAGGGUCGGUCACAGGACGCACCACUUCAGCUUCCACCAUCUCCGGGGCCAACUUGCGUUGCGAUAUAUGCGGAGAGCAUCAAUAUCCGCCUUCCACCGCUGAUCGCAUUUUCGCGAGACGAUAUCUUAUCCCGGCCUCAAUCAACAGAUGCAUCUCCCUCUUCGCCUACCUCGUCGUCUCUUCAGCUCCAGCUAGCAGGUGUCUCUUUGGUACGCUUUGACGAGGCGAAAGUCAUACAGGAGCUCACGAGAGCGCGGGACGCGAACAGGACCGUGAGGAACGAGGAAUGCAUUACAGAUCCAGAGUUUGCGGAGGAUAAACGACAGCAACGUUUGGGGCCCAGGAGGCGGCCACAGACUCGACUGGAGACGCAAGCUCGAACUGUCAGUACACAGCGGAUUGACAUUCGCCUGGAUCAUGGCUUCGUGGCUGACGGACGUGAUUCAUUUCUCUCGUUCACCGGCAACGGCGAGCAGGCAAUGACACAGGCCGAUGCACCUGUACACGACAGGGGCAGAGAUCCAAGGAAACGUCAGAAUGGCCAUACACGAGACGAUAAGGUUCUUGAGUCCCGGCGUGGAUUCCUUGAACUGAGGAUAUCAACCGAACACACCUCGCCUUGGUAUGGUGGGCGGUUGACACCCAAGCAGCAGAUGGCGAAAAUGAAGACGGUGUCGAACAAGAAUGCAACAAGGGAGAAGACACUCGCCGACGAGAAGCAGGCGGAAACGAACUCCAUCGAAGGCGCGCUUGGCUCAGUCGAGGGUGUCGUUUCUGUACGGACCAUUCUCCACGGCGCAAUGCCGUUUAUGCGCCGGCUUACGGAGAUAGACGCCUUAGCCCUGAGCGACGGCGAGCCAGCAGACGCCCCGGGUGAGCUGUUCGAUGAGGCGUGCGAAGACCUCGCGACAGACAAAGCCACACACGCUUCUCCGAAGGUGUGGCUAUCGCUCCGGCGCUGCUUUGUCAUUCUUGCACACGAGAAGGCAGGGGACUUCGGGAAGAGCGAUCGGGGAUGGAGCGGGACAAAUAAUGAUAGUCAGCGCCGAGGCGGGGGACCCUGCAGCUGGUCUGAACAAGUGCAAGAGGCCGGUGGAGUGCUUCUCGAGAACGUUGUCCUCUCCAGGUGGUCCGGACAGAGUCGUUCGUGCUCUCCUGAGUUCCUCGCUUCUUCCAACACGGGGGCUUAUCCGCUUCUUCUCUUGUCGCACCGCCUAGCUUCGCAUUCGAUCCCCUCGGGGUUUGCAGCGAGUGCAGACCCCAAUCGGUGCCUCCACAAGGAUGUUGGCGACUUUCUUUUUGGCUGGCGUCGGCGUGAAAGUAUCGGUGAGGCUCGAGGAGACGGCGCCUAUGGCCAGGAUGAUGAAACAGAGGGACGCGAUUGCGCCCAAGCUCUCGACGAGUGGGUCGUUACGGAGGCAACUUCAGUGUCUUUGCAUGACUUCGUCAGAGGCACCACGCUGGCAGAAAACUGGCUAAAUGUGGCUGCGGAUUCGCUGUCCAUUUACGCGUGUCUUCAUCGGCCGACGCCGUCAAAUAACACGCGGAAGUGGCAGCAGCGAAGUUUCAGAAAUCGACGAGACCGUGUGUCAGCAAGGAAGAAGGAGAGAAUGCAGGUGGAUCAUAGGCACCACCCUCACUCGACAGCUGAUUCGCUUUUCCUUCCGCUGGAGCAUGUUUGGGACAGGGUACCCAUUAUGAAUCCCACGCAGGUGAAGGCCCAGCUUCUGUUUUACUCUGUUUCUCGGAAUCUAGGACACGCAGAGAUAAGGGGGGAGACGUUAGCAGCUUUCGCACCAUACUACGAAAUGACCGUCAACUGUGAGGUGUCCACGGUGCAGAUCUGUGGCAGCGCCAGAAAGCUGCGCUUGCUUCUAAAAACGCUGGAGAGCUGUGCCCCUGACCCUCCAGCGUCUCCAACGAACUCAUCGGCAGGCACCCAAGAGACUGCAGCACCGCCUGGGAGUCUGCCCGCGCAGCAUUUCUUCGACUCGCCGUCGCCUUCGUCCCUUGAGCAGAACUCGUCAGAUUCUGACCCUGCACUCUUGGGAGCCGAGAGCGACGCAGCAUUCGCCAUCGUCCCGUAUCUUCUUCCACUUUCCUCUUCGUUCGCCACCUCCGCUGCCACGAAAACGGCCUACCUCAAAAGCCGAACUCAGACGUUUAAAGUGCGAGCUCCGCCGCCUGCGAACCGCUUGUGCUCGAGCCACGGUAUCGCGCUGGCGGCAGGGCAUGAUCUGUCCGACGGUGGCACGAUAGCCGCGCGACCGCGCGGCGUAUGUGCGCAUAGAGUGCCGCUUCCAGCUGGGAUGCACGGUGUAAUAUUGACUCUUUCUUCUGAGCAAGACACUCCACUGAUUGACGAGGGAGACAAAAAUCCAGUUACUAUUCUGCAGGCGCUCCCUUUGCUCCACGGCCAAGUGGUUGACAGUCCGCCUCGUUCUAUGGGAUUAGGGAGUCGGCGAGAGUGUAACUCGGAUGAGGUGGAUGCCGAAUUUCUCGUGUGCCUCGACCAGCCGGGCGCCAUCCUGCAUGCAGACAUCAUUGAGUGCGGUCCCGGGGGAGGCGGCGGCCGACGACGACGCAGGGCCAGUGCGACAUCCGCGGCAUUACUUAAGGACGACCCAUCUGAGACAAAAGGCGAUCGAAGGGUUGCUGCCCUCUGGGAAAAUCAGGCUAACGAUAAGGAGGCCUACAUGUGCAAAAGCUCGGAGUGGACAGGGUGGGAGACCCGCCGUCAAUGCGAUUGUGAGCGCAGCGCUGCUGACGGAGCAGGGGAACGGGAUCAGGGCACUGGAUCGGGGGCAGCCCCCUUUGCAGAGGAUAGGCAUACACGCGACGAGCCCGCAUAUGCCGGAGCUGAGGACGGUACCCCAGUGCUGCAACGGUGGAAUCUCGUUUGCAUCGAGACGGUCGACGAGACCAGGCAGCAGCUUUUUCCCGUUCACAAGCGUUCGGAUUCCGGGACUCACACUGUUGUGCCGCUCUCUCCGUUCAUGGGGAGCGUCGCGUGCGGAGGGUCUAGUCCUGGGGUAGCCUUCCUUUCCCGCCGCUUUCGGCUCGGCUUCACUCGGCGUCGCGGGUCGUCGGAUCCGGUUAUGGGUUCUCCACGUGUUUCACAUUGCGACGGUGCAUCGCCGACCGCUUCUGGCUGUUUGGCCUCUUCUGUACUUUGCCUUUGGGUGGCUGUUCCCCUGAAAGCAUCUCUCCAGUGCGCUAUUCUUGCUGUGCGCGCUGGGCCCCUUUCGGUUACGUGGCCCUACGACGCAGACACGUCUCGUUCGUCGUUUCCUUUUCUGCCACCAUCUUUUCUGGCUUCCCCUAAUCUGGGCGCCCACGUGGAGGAGGAGCCUUUGUUUCAAGUGUCUGCCAGCGCAGGGAGCUUCUCGUUUGUUCAAGGCAGGGGAAGGACCCUUUCUGCCUCGCCUAUCGGCUGCCGCAGAGCUUGCGAUCCCGCCGCGUACUCGCCUGCUGACUCAUCGUGUGCGCCGAGUCCUGGAGAGAAAUAUGAGUGUGCGGCGGAACCGUGGGUCGACAGCGAGAAGGUGUGGACGAGGGAAGGCGGAGGGCUGAAGCUGCGAGUUGCCCUCGAGGAUGUCGUCGCAGAUGUGUUUGACUCACGGACGCUUCUGCCCCUUCGCACCCUGCGCUCUGCGCCGCAGAUCGAGGUUCUUCACUGGGCUAAUUCACUAGACACAGAGGAGGAGCUGGUGGCGCUGGCGGCGCGCAGCGAGGCAGAGCUGCGGGACCGACGUCUCCAACAGAACAAACUCAGGAUGAGGAGUGAACCUUACUCGGGGGUCGCCCCUUGGGUCGAGCCGUGUGUCUCCAUGUCGCUGACGACGAUACCUUCUUUUCCCCAGUGGCAGACGCUGGCCCUUCCAAUGGUGCUGAAGACGGACGCAAGAGCGCCAGUAGGCGUAAAGAUUCAUUUCGCCGGAAAGGGGGAGCUCAUUUUAGAUCCACUCCGUCUUUCACGCAUAGCUCAGGCGGCGUGGGUUCUCUACUCCGCCACUACCUCCCUCUCUGAUGCUCACCCGCCGCUGUCUGCCUCCGCGCCGCCUUCCUGCGACGCCCAGUGGAAGACCGACGACAGAAACACUACGCCUGGAGACGGAAGCGAAGCGGAGACCGGCGAGGACGGCGGCGCGGGCGGUGAUUCGUUAGGCCGCCUCUCGAGGUCGGUGCAGCUGAGCCCUAUGCGACCGAAUCGGCGACCGGGUGGAGCUCGAGCGCCCGGUGACCCUUCUGCAGGUACUGUACGCCGCCAGCGGAGGCCCCCGAUCCGGUUCCCCUCGUUCCCCGUCUCUCCGCGUUUGCCACUAGUCAUCCGCAACCUCCUUCCCAUUCCGGUCGCCAUCCAGCAGGCGCCCUUCCCUUCCGUAGGUGCUCCACACUCUGGUGCCCCGGCGUGCGCUUUAGGGCCCCCCGCUCCUGCGGUAGGAUCCGCGCCCGUCGUCGUCGCCCCGGGAACGUUCAUCUGCCCUAUCUGGUCGCCGCCAUCUGCCUCGCUUGUAGAUGCUGUCGAGCGGGCUCGUGUGGAGAAAGAAAGAAAAAACACAGGUUUAGCCGGGAUUCCUCGCCCCCCCCCUUCUCUGCAGCUGAACCAUUUGGCUUUUCAGCUCGCACCCUCGGGCGGAUGUUUCCAAAGCGACGACGGGAGUCCGUCUUCGGACGCUCACAUCUGGACAAGCCCGGUGGCGCCAGGGAAGAUCUUAGCUCGGCGGGUGUCUGCCACCGCGUGGACUCAGCGCUGUCUCGUUGCCCCAGGUGCCUCGUUCCAUCAUCUGCCGGCUGCGCUCCAUUCCCAGCUCGGAGCACGCAUGGGCGACCCAGCAGGCGGUCGCGACGACGGACGGGACGGGGAGACAGAGCCCAGGCACGGGAGCACGCCGCUGGGGGGGAUGCGCCUCACUAAGAAUCAGGCUAGCGGAUCAGGUGGUUCACACGAAGUGUCGCCAGUCAGGGCCUCGGCUGCAGACGGGGAGAGAAAGUGGCGCAUCACUGGCACCUCGAACAACGAUCGAAGGGCGCCGAAUAACGUGGGCGGACUGGAGGCGGAAGGGCAGACUCACUCUAGAAGCCACUCAGCUCUUGCGGCGUACCCAGUAUUUCUUCACUUUGUGCGCGCGAACGCCUUCCAAGUCACCUGCACCAUUUACCCGCCGCUUCUGCUUCACUCCAGCUGCGAAUCUCUCCUGCUGCAGUGCCGGCUCAGACCCCUUGAGCCUGGCGCGAACCCAGGGAAUAGCCGUACCGUUGUGAAAAAGCAGGCCAGGUGUGCGGGUCUGGUGUGUGCUUCCUUGCGGCAAGCGGACGCGGGUGAGGAGGGCGAGGAAGGAGGAGACAGCGGACAGCCGUGGGGACUAUCGCCAGAUGCAAACGACCAGAGCAGGUGCUGUCCAAGUCCCAGAGCACCGUCACUCACAUCGGGUUGUUUAUCGCUCAGCUCUACCCACUCGUGGGCGAGCGUUAUGAUCUCUGUGGACUCUGCAGACGUGUCUCGACUUGUACAGUCGCCAAGUUCCUUGUCCGGCGCUCCACUUUCUCUAGCAGAUGUGGGUGUCAGAUUCGUGGCUGCUCCUUCCAGAGACCAGCGGCUCCGGACCUGGGUGGGCGACCCAUGUGCGCAAACGCCGCUUUGCUCUACGCGUCCGUGGGAAGAAAUGCCGCACGAAAACGGGGGAGAAACGCCUGGCUUCUCAAAAGAGAUCUGCAUCGCUUCCACAGAGCUAUCGAGCGGCAGUCGCGGAAUGCGUCAAGCACCCGACAGAGGGUCCUCGUGGUGGAGCUGGAGAAGCGGCCAACAGGGGAGUCAAACGCGGAGUCACGCCUGCAACGAUGCGUCGCAGACUCCCCGGUUUCAAUGCGGGCAUCUGGAUGUGCCGUUCUGGAGCGUCCGUGCCUCACAUUCUCUCUCUGCUGACGCCUCAUUCGGCGGCGGCCGGGAAGGAGAAUCCGACGACGAAGACCAGCAUGAUGAGAAAUUGAGAAUGCCGGGAGGAGCCCUUGAGGUGGUGCCGAGGCGCUUCGGUAGGUCCACAGCCGACCUGAGUGGACGUGUGACUGUUUACUGCUCUCUGCACAACCUGGAAGACUUCUUGCAGGCUCCUGACCGUGACGCGGAUUGGCAGUUGGGCAGAGGACUUGCGCCGCCUGCAAUUGCCGCACCCACUGCUGACCUUCCGCGCGUUCUGUUCAUAUCCCAUGGACUGCAAAUCUUCAACGCCUCCCCUUGGGAGCUCUGCUGUGGCAUCGAAAAUUUCGGCGGAACCACACUUCUUUCGCCCUGGAGGUACCAAGAGCUGGAAAUCCCGCCGGCGUCCGAAUUCGAGGCCAACAGCUCCCCCGCGAAUCUUCGCAUAUUUAUGUUCGAGCCACCGGAGCGACCGUCGUUUGCACAGUUCGGCUCUCUGCUCCAGCACGCGAAGGAGUCCAACUCGCCACCUCGCCCCUCGGCUGCGGCGAUCUUAGCCAGCGAGGAUGAAGUGGGCAUUUCGCUGGGUUUGACGGGAUCCGAUGCAUAUGGUUCAGAACGAGAGUUGCCGAGGGCCGAGCCUCUCGCUGCGAGCUGUUCCUCCAGCUUGUUUUUCGAAACAUCGCAGAUUCUUUCUUUCCCCACAACUCCGUCAGUCCCGCGCCCGCCGUCGUCGCACGGUCGAUCCUCGCGCCUGCCAGAGGAGCCGGAGAGCGGCGGUGACUUAUCGCCGGUCUCGCCCGCGGCCGUAGCGUCGCAGGGCAAACCGAGGAUCCAUCGGCUUCUGUGCCGAACGGUGUUUUGUGCAUCUUCGCUUCGACCGCUUCGCUGCUGCCUCAGCGCGCCGUGGAUUAUUCGGAAUUUCUGCCCACUCGGCCUUGUUUUGCGGAGCAUGUCUGGUUUAACGGUUUGCGUCCCGCCUUCAUUCUGCUCUCCACCCGCCUCAUGCUGGCCGCACCGGAAAAGCUACAGCAACGUUGCGACCGAUUCCAAAGCCUGCAUACCUCCUCCUCCCGAAUGCGCGUCUGCGGCAUGUUCGACGAUGUACUGCACAGAGCUAGGGUGUAUGCAGGGCGAUCCUAAUCUGCCUCUUCUGGCCUUCUUCGGCGUGCGCGUUCCUACCUUCGCUCCACCUCCAGACUCUCAGUUGAGGCGCCCUUCCUGUCCUCCCCAGGGACUCGCAGAUUGCAGCCAGCGUGCCGAACAACCACCAAGAGAGGACGACCCAUCAGAUGGGGUGUGGCUGCGUUCAGUCGCCCCUCAACACGCCACGUGUGAUAGCUGCGAUCCUGAUGACCCAGAGCGAGAGUAUGCGUCCGCCGACCGGCAGCAGCCUCCAGGAACACCCCUCUCGCCAAAAAGUGUACCAGACAUGUCCAAGGAGGGCGCCUUAUCUGAAGGGAAGGAGACUGCGGAAUGGAUCGAUGAACCGACACAGCGCGCUGACGUUUUCUGGACGCAGACACUCCAAACAUGUGAAGUGGAGGCGAUCACACGCGUGACAGUUCCGCUCGGCGUGUCGUCAGCGCAGCAUUCCUCUGGAGCGCGUAGCAGUCCGUCUCUAUUCGCCAAUCAUCCCGACCGCUUCCUGGCACACUCUGCGGAGCCUUGGCCUUCUCGCCGUGAGUCGAGUUGGGCAGCCACUGCGCCUGCGUUGUCACCAGACAGCCGUAUUGAGUCGCUCCCAUGCGCCUCGCUCCUUGUCCAUGUUCGCCAUCUCUCCUCAUCAGCGUCCCCGGGUUCGCCACCGACUGUUGUAGUUGAUAUCUGCCCGCCGCUUCGCCUGCGCAACGGGACGCCCUACACGCUGGCUGUCGCUAUCGGAGGACGGCGUGGUGCCCUGACGUGUACCCAGGAAGCUAACACCGUUUCAGUGCGGCUGCGUUCAGACUCGGCCGCAGCAUCACUAGGGCGUGGGGAGACGCAGACAGGGCUAUCUAAAUCCGAGGAUGGACAGGCGAGGCACGACAGACAGCCUGCUGUGAGCCCUCUGGGAGGUGCGGGAGGACCUUGGACGGCGCCUGCGGAUGCUACAGUAGACACAGGGGCGCUCUACGCGUACCGGGCAUUUGCGCCGUCCGUACUCUUCGAGCCAGAGUCUGUCGGUUGUCCUGGGACUAGGCUUUCGUCGUCUUCGCCUCAUUGCUGUGGCUCUGCUUCCUCUUCCGUCCCUCCUGCCUCUUGUCGGGAAUCCUUAUUCGUUGGUCAGUCUGUGCCUUUCUCAAGUGAAACAGAGAGUGAAUUAAGAGCGGUGGAACACACUAUUUUCGACGACGCGAGACGCGCCGCUCUGCACUCCGUCCUGGGCACAGGAGUGACUGUGUGUCCUCCGCACAUUUCGUGUCUCCCCUCGGUACAAUGCGCGUCUGAGAGCUCACAGCCCAAUGGCGGAAGAGAACAAACGGGGCAAGGCGACAAGGAGGGCAUCCCUUGCUGUGUCUUCCCGUUCCGAACUGCGGCAAUCAUGCAUGCCAUUGGCGUGCAGCUAUGCGGUCAUAAGGGCAGUCUCCCGCUACCUCGAGACUUGGCGUCUCACAACCAGGAACACCAACAAGGGAUUCCUGAAACGGGAUAUGGACAAUCUGGGCACGCGGGACUAAAUACGCUGGAGCCCCUCUCUGAAGAUUUCGCGCCAUUCCGAGGAGACGGAGACGACUUAGGGGGCCAACUCUGGGGUGACCUGAGUGACGAUCCCACGCUGGGCCUUCAUAUUGCAGAUCUCACUGGGUCUCCGCUUUGUCUAGACGUUUUGACGUCUGACUGCACACCGGGACAUCCACACAGAAUGAAACACCCGCAGUUGCCGCUGGUCGCCGAAGCGGAGCCGGUCUCAGCGGGUUGUUUAUCGCCCCCUCGAGGCUUUCUGCAUCGGUCGCCGAGGCCUGUGCAGUAUGCCUCCGCGCCCGGUGCCGCAGGCCCUCCUGUGGUCUGUUCUCAAUCGUACGGAGGAGGCGGGGGCUACAAGGGAGACGCCAACGUGCGUAUGCCUCUGCUGUGGACCCUUGGAGUCCCUCUGCGCCUUCGAGAAGGCCUCGGCUUGGGAGGGGUGCCUGCGCCGGCACCAGCAAAUGGAGAAGGAAAUGAAACGGCAACGGCAGCGCUGGAUGGUGCAGCCUCGACGUGGGCGGCCGGCGGCUGUUUUCGCGAUGCACUUCUUCUUCUGAGGCGAGGCUGGCUUUCUUCUCCUGUGGCAUUUCCGCAUACUUUGGCUUCUCAUGGUGCCUCUCGGGGAGAGUCCAUGCCUGCUCUGUGGGAAGCGACUCUGCCCUUCCAGCGCCAAGUGUGCCACCCUACAUGCACGGAGCUUAUCACCGUGAGUCUGGGUCUCUCAGCGGCGUCUGGAGAGAUUCUGCUUGACCUCUUCCUAUCUCCGUCGCCUGCACCAGUGACGGUUAUAAACCGCACGCCUUUCCGUCUGGGAAUCUCCUCGCUUUUAGUCUGGCAGAAGGGGAGAACCCGCAACAACGACGCGUCCGCGUGUGGGGACUCGUGUUCCCGUGAUUCCGCACUCGAGAGGCAGGACCGCGGGAAGCUGGCCAACCCAGGCGACAAUGCCGAAGACUUGCAGCAGCCAGAGGGCGCCCACGCGAGGAGACGAAGUGGGUCAGAUCACGCGUGCAGUGUGUUCCACCACGAAGGAGGGCCACGGGGCCUCUCGCCGUCUGUGUUUGUCCCCAGUGUGCCUAUGCUGCAGCUCCCGGUUCCGGCUGGAGAGCAGGCAAAGCUUCCGUGUCCCCUGUACCGGUCAUUUCGCAUCUUUGACGAAGGCGGCGGCGCCAGCGACGGCUGGUGGAUUCGUGAGCGCAGAGGCAAAGAAGAGCUCAGCGCCUCAUCGAGCGACGAUGCAGGCGUGGGAAAAGAAUCGGCCGACGGGGAGCAACGGAGACGUUCCUCGGCUGCGAGUGCGCCAGUGAGGCAACAGCGGAAACCGAAGGCAGCCGCGGACCAGAGAGAAGGAUGCCCAACUGAGCAGAGAGCUUCCUCAUCUGCUCCAUCACUGGAAAGUCGGCUUUCGACUGCGUUCAGUAGUGACCUAAGUGAUGUGAGCGAGUUUUGGGACGACGAAGGCAGUGUGGGAGAGACCUCUUUUGCACGGUCUAGGGCCGCCCACACCCGUCGACGCCGAAAUCGAUGUCUGCGCCACAAUCGAGGAACUCGCUCUUCACCCCGGCGUGCGCACAGUCCUGCAGGCGUCAAGGGCACUCUAGGACUCCGGGUUUGCGCGCUGGCUGACUCGGAGUCGUCCUGUUCUUCAACUAGGGGAGCCUCCUCGAACACGCCGUCUGCGCCUCAGCAGCUUCUAGGGGACUCGUCUUCGGUCAUCGGGUUCUGGUCUCCAUUUCUGUUUCUUUGCUCGUCGUCGACGCACCGCUUCCUGGUCUCCUCCCUUCCCCCUUCUUUCCGCUUAUAUUUGGAUGGGUGUGUAGAACACGCACAAAAUACUUCAACAGCGGCUUCGCGGCGACCACCCCAAUCGCCGCCAUCGGCACCCGCGUCCCUCCUGCCUCUCUACCCAUUCGACGCAGACGCGUCGUCGCCCUCGUCCGCCCCCUCCAGCAGUGCAUCGCGGUGUUCAUCAUUUUCCUCCUCGGCGCCUUCGCCUGCCCUGUCGCCUACCCACAAAGGAAGCGUCGGGCUCACAAACUGUGCGUGCGUUAAAUGCCAUCGCGAGGGCUGUGCAUCGCCUCCUCCUCUGCCUCCCUCUCUGGUGUCUCUGCUCGAGAAUGCCUCGCUCGAGGAGGAGCCGCUGGGGGGUUGCAUAACCGUCCGAACGGAGUACACCGGUACCAGCACCCACGUCAUUUGCGACUUCGUCACCCUACCUGGGUCUCUCGUCUGGCAAGCCGCGGCACACGCUGCGGCGGUUCCCUCGUCACGCCGCUGCUUGCCCUACAGUUCCUUAUUUCCCUUCAUUUUGCCGCUGGCGCGCUCGCUCUCUUCGCCUUCGCUGUCAGCGUUCCACAGCGCCAAGGCGAGGCCGUCCAGCCCGGCGAGGUCGACGCGGGGAGACGCCCGCGCAGUGACAGAUGCCUCGUCAGCCUCCCGAGCCGAAACUGGAGAGCAGACUGACAGUCCCGGCGAGGGCUGGAGCAGGCCGCGAUCGUGUUCCGAGCGACAUGGCAAUCGGCGCUUCGCGAACCGCCCCAGUCCGGACGUCGUCCUCCUCAAUGUCCUCCGCUCGUGGGAGAACGCAGUCAAAUUGGCCGUCUACGAAGAGGACAUCUACGCAGUCCUGAAGAAGCGGCGUCCGACGCAUAUCACGGGGCAGCGAGACGAAUCAUCUAGACGGGACUCAGCUUUGAAAGCAGCAGACCGGCAAAACGCCCCUGACGAAUACAGGCAAACGGCUGAGAGCGGAGACAAUCGAGAGACUGAGUCCCCCCAAAAGACGAUAGCCCAGAGAGCCUUAUGGUCGCUCCGUUCCCGGCAAACAGGGCGCGCUCGCAGUGCCUGGCAGCGUCGGUUUCAGUGCGAAAUAUCCGCAGAGGAGCUGCUGGGACAGUUCCUGCUGGUUAACACUAGCUCGGAAGUAUCUGGAGAUACCUGUGGUGGCGCAUGCGUGACCAGCUGGCUCGCUAAAAAGAACGCACUGGUCGCGCACCUCACUGAGUUAGUCUACGCCACGUGGACCAGUGAGCGGCUUUCGUUUUGGCCUGCCUUCUACUCUCGAACUGAGCGCAUCAGUCAUUUCGCCUCUCUCGUGUCUCUCGGCGUCCAGCUUUUCGCUGAGAUGAAUCCAGGGGAUGCCAGCGCCUCACACGUUCCUUCACGUUUCCGGCAGGUUUUUUCGUCGCCUUCCCUCGCGGCCGUUGCUGCUUUCGAAAGCUCCCCUGCUCCCCCCCUCUCGUCUCUGGAAGGGAGGGCAACAUGUUGCAGCGCGAACCGCAUCUGCGCUCCGUCGUGCACUCGCGCGUCUGUCCGUCUUCGCGUGGGCGGCGGAGUGAAGUGCGCCGGAAGCGCCCGCAGUGGAGAAAACAACGCGGCGGAGGAAAGGGCGCCCGGCGUGAUCGUGAUCAGAGUGGACGACUACAUUCUUCAGUUUUUCAUGGCCUAUAUGAAGACGCUGCGCCCACUACUAGAUGCUGACUUUUGUUCUUUUUGGGGGUACACCUCUUCGCACCCCAGAACCGCAUCGUCAUCCACGCGUGAGCUACUUUUUUCCAGCACACCGUCGUCUCUCUCAUUGCGAAGCAUGUCCUCCAUCGUUCGUUGUUCAGCAGCACCUCCGCGGCGCUGGCGACGCCGAUCCGCGAGCGAGGGAGCCGAGGAAGAUCACCGUGAUCUCUCCUCGGGUUUCCUUCAUCCCGCAGAUCGUCUUUCGUUCCCUCCUUCAUUCGUGUCCUAUCCUGCGCCAUGCCUCUCUGCGUCGUCCGCUGCGUUUGACCUUCUCGCUGUGGAUCGUCUAUCCAUCUCGCCUAUCGCGCUUAGCGUUUCCGGCCGACUGACGUCGGUGGUGUACAUCUCGUUUUCCUCAUUUGCUGUGUCUUUCCCGCUCCUCUGCAUAAAUCACGUUAUUGCGCCACCAGCAGUUGUCGUCCAGGAACUGCUCGCCCACUACAGCGCUCUCUGUCUGCUUCGCGUACCCUCACUGAUGUCUUCCCUCCAUUUGCUCGGCAACUCGAGGGAGGCCGCGAAGCACCUGAGAAAGGCAUUUUCCUCACUUCGCCACGGCAUGCGCUACUCGCCGGGGCCUUCGGGCGGAUCCUCUCUGACGUGGCUCAGUGCCGCAGAAGGCUUCUGCUUGCACGCGCUGGCCGUAGGAUUUUCUGCGGUGGGAGCGUUUGCCGAUGCCGUGCGAUAUAAUCUUCCGGAGGCUGGAGACGACAAAGCAAAACAGUUCUUCGAUAUUGAAGAGGAAGCCAGAAAGGCUGGAGGUCCCCCCUCCGCGGGCGCGUCUGCUCACGCCGCCUCUCUUUCGCUUCUUCUUCAGGCGCAGAAAGCGGCAGAUCGCCCACAAGUCACGGCCACUGCAGUGGCUGCCCGCGGAUGUGUCGCCAGACAGCCGAGCGCUGCAGAAAGGGAAACACAGGAGAGGAUCACCCGCGACAGGCCGGCAAGAAGUUUGGAGCCUUGGGAAGCUGAGAGAAUGGCGGGGGAGGCGAGCACACGCUGGAGAGACCUCGUUAAAGGCGGAAGCAGAAAACUGAUGCGACUGGCGACCCUUCCCCUGGGCGCUCUUCUGGGAGCGAUUUCCGCCGUCUCUCACGCGUGCACUCCCGAGCUGUUGGAUGCUUCGGAGGAGCGGCAGCACUCGGUACAUUGCGAGUGCUGCAGCCGAACGGUUCACCGGCUCUUCAGGGACGCCGACGUGGCUGGUGUGUCGCCUGCGUUCGCCUUAGCACGACUCCACUUCCUGCUUCUUCAGGAGGGGCAUCCGGGAGGGCGACGCACCGUCGACUCCCACUUUCGGCAGCUGGAAGAGCACAGACGCAGAGACCGAGGAAAGGGAAACGAGAGGCCAACGUGGAACCGUGGAGUCGCUGCCGAACAAGGCGUCGCACAAGAUGAGGUAGGCAACUGUGAGCGACCAUGGAGGCUGAUCGUCGGACUAGUGAGAUCUCCUGCGGGUGCGCGUUCCCUCUCUUCCCGGCGCGACUGCAAUUCUCCCCCUCCUUCCUCAACGCCGUUUGUGCCAGGUUUAGCACCAAACAGCUACACGAAACAUGCGUCCCCCCAGCUGCACAUGUGCCGCCUAAAGCUUUGCUCGACUGUUGCCUUCCGAGUGCACUCUCCUUCGUUGUUUCCAUGGUUGGCUGGCGGACCGGCAGAGACAGCCAAAGAAAAGUGUGGUGCCGGGACUUCACUCGAGAGAAGUGGCCUUGGACUAUUGCAGCGACAAGCAGGAGACGCCCUUGCGCUGCACGAAUACUUCGUGAAGCUUCUGGGCGAAGACGAAUGGGACCAACGCACGGCAUCGAGAGGAUUAGAACAGAUGCAUGCGGAGUCGCCACGCGCACGCGGUCACUCCGCAGCUUCGUGUGAACUCAUUGGCAUCUGCUCGGAUACUCCGAUGGAGGCAGGCAGAGUGCCCACCACUCUCUGGCUUCUGACAGGGCGUGGAGAAGCCUUUCUUGAAGCGUUUAAUCGCGAAAAGCAGCUAUCAGCAGAACGCGGACGCGGCGGCGAGGCGACCUUGUGCGGCGACCAUAAACGUGCAGACCCAUCUGUGUGUGCGAAUCAUUCCUGA